GACGGUAUAAUUGUUAAGGGGGCUCGGCGGAGGAGGAAAUGGGCGAGAGGUUGUUGUGUGGUUGAUCCUGAGGGGUGGAACGUCAUUGUUGAUAUAUUGUGCGUUACCCCAUUGAAUUUUGGCUUUAAGGCUACAUUAACGCUCAUUUGUGCAGAUAAGUGAGAAUGGCACAGAGAGGAGGUGCACAGAGGCCUAGUGGUGGCGGCCAGGGCAAGAUCUGUCAAUUUAAACUGGUGUUACUGGGGGAAUCGGCAGUUGGGAAGUCUUCUCUUGUUUUAAGAUUUGUUAAGGGUCAAUUCCAUGAAUACCAAGAAUCUACUAUUGGUGCGGCCUUCUUGACACAAACAGUAUGCUUGGAUGACACUACUGUAAAAUUUGAAAUAUGGGACACGGCUGGACAAGAAAGGUACCAUAGUCUAGCUCCUAUGUAUUAUCGUGGUGCUCAGGCAGCCAUUGUCGUCUAUGAUAUUACAAAUCAGGACACAUUUGGCCGAGCUAAAACUUGGGUAAAGGAACUCCAGCGACAGGCAUCUCCCAACAUUGUCAUUGCCUUAGCAGGCAACAAAGCAGAUUUAGCUAAUAAAAGGAUGGUGGAAUACGAGGAGGCUCAAACAUACGCAGAAGAGAAUUCUCUGCUCUUCAUGGAAACCUCGGCUAAGACUGCUAUGAAUGUUAACGAUAUUUUCUUGGCAAUAGCUAAGAAACUGCCAAAGAGUGAGAGUAAUGCCAGUGGUUCUCCUAGGGGUGAUGUCAGCCUGUCUAAUAAUCAGCCAGCACAGGGAACUGCUGGCUGUUGCAAGUGAUCACCUUUUUUACAGGUGGAACAAUGUGAUGCUAGUGUAAGUUAUGAUACCCAGCUGCUGGUAGCUCACUUUUCCCCAUUGGACUUGAAGAUUGCAACAUUCCUGGGUUCAAAUUUAUGCAUGGGUCUCAACUUUAACAAAAAUUCAGCUAAUUUUGGAAACUUAGUCAUUUCUCAGUUACUUCAUCUGUGUCAGGUUUUGAGAUUCAAAACCAUAACCAUAACGGUACUCAUUGUUGACUGUGUGAUGAUUUUUUCUAUGUAAAAUCCCCAUCAUCAAAGUGUAUUGUUUAUUUGUGCAUAUUAGAAUCACACGAGGUUUAUCUCGGGCUGCUUGACCGCAGGACCUCAUGUUAUAAGAACUCAUCAUUGAAAUGUGUUGUAAUACUUUUACUUUGAUUUUCAUUUAUUAAUUGGUAUCAUUUGCACAUUGUAAGGUCAUUCCCAUUAUUUAUCAACUGUAGCUAAUUCCCCAACCCCAACUUGCAAGUAUAAAUGUUAGACAUUUUUAAGAAAACUCCAUAGACACCAUUGGUUGACGACGUGGUUUAAGUGGUGUUUCUUGCCUUCCUACUAAGUCAUAGUGAGGGACAUUAUGCCUCAACAAUUGAUAUCUGCUCACCAAAGUGGAAGGAGUCGAAGAAUGUCAUGUUAAUACAGCUUAUCAGUAAUAUAUGGAACUGGUAGUUAAGUGUUGUACAGUAUAUUGACUGCAUGUCCUCUGUAUCAGGGUUCACAACCCACAACUUCUACCAUCAAUCUAACAUGGACAACAUAUUGUGAGGAUUCGCCACAGUCUAAGCGUUGAUUUUCUAGCUAACAUGGUCAUACAUGGAACUGUGAGCAUGUUAUUCAUUUUUGUUCACAAUAUGCCAUCCUACAAAGUAUAGUCACAUCUUAUGCUUGACCAUGAUUGGCCAUGUGAUAAUAAUGUAUAUUAACUAUUUAAGUUUCUUUUUUAUAAAGUAAGAAAAAAUUUGUCACUUGUAUAUUUUUUUUUUAUUUAUAUAUAUAUACAUAUAUAUAUACUUUUUUUUCAACUUUGAAAGGAGGCAAGGUUGAAUUUGGGUAACCAGCUGGACAAAGGUAGCAGACAAUAGUUUGUUGUUGAUGCCACACAACGUUUGAAUAUCUUUUUGGACAUGUUGCUUUGUGAUUUAUGCAUUGUUUUAAUUCAGUGGGAGAAGUUGUAUAAACUUGUAAUUGGUGCAAAAGUUAGUUCUGCUGCAACUCUGAAUUCUAGUUUUUUGUUUUGUUGCCCCAAAUCUAAUCUAAUAGCCUCUUGUGCCCUUUUUUUUCAUCCUGGUACUUGAUGAUGCUAAUGGCCAAUUAACUAUGUGCUGUAAGAAUGAAAGUGCCCAUCUGUGGUGUGCCGAUCAAAAAAACUAACCAAAAAAACAAAUAAAAAACCAUUGCAGUCGUGUUUUUACCAUCGGGAUAAUUUUUAAGAGCCCUCAGUACAGUAUUGUAUUAGAUAUGUAGUUAUAAUUUUCAUCAUAUACAGUGCUAUUUGAAGUAUAUAAUUUUAGCAGCUUCUUGAGAGAAAAAAAAAAAGCAUGCUCCUCUGGCUGAAGAUGGUCAGAUUGUAGUUCAUGUUACCAUGGCACGACCAUUGCGAGGCAUUUAAUAUACCACACAAGCAACUGUGAACCUUACCUGUUAAGUUUGAGCUUUAUUUUCCUUUUAUUGAAACUGUUAUCCUUAUUGAUAUGCUGUAAGGGUCAAACUUGAUUGGCAUGUCAUAUUUGCUCUGCUCAGUUGUGCCUGGGAUUGUUCAGUCCUUGUGCUUGAGUUGUGUGUAGCAUCCACUUGGGAUAAUUACCAUUGUCAAGCCAGGCCCAACUGAUCAUUUUUGUGUGUACACUGAAAACUCCAAAGUCAGACAGCAAUCUUGUACAGUUAAAGUACCUAUUAUAAAUAAUAAAAUUAUUAAAUUAA